CCAUUUUGAAGUUAUGACUUUACAACUUGUCGAGUCGUCUUCUCCGAUUUUCCUAUUCGUGCAGUAGUGAUGUUCUCAGAUGAGCUCAAGACGUUCCGUCGACUAGGAUUCCGACAUUUUCUGCUCCAAAUUCUCAACUUUGCCUCCGUCAUUGCAUCUGGCCUCAUGCUAUGGAAAGGUCUCGGCCUGAUCCUGAACACAGAAUCUCCAAUUGUCGUUGUCCUCAGUGGCUCUAUGGAACCAGCGUUUUACCGUGGCGACCUUCUUUUCCUUACCAACCCCCCAGGCCAACGCUACCAUACAGGCGAUAUCACAGUAUAUAGGAUCCCUGGCGCCGAAAUACCCAUCGUGCACCGCGUCCUGGAGACCCGGGACGUCUUCAUCCCAUUUGACAAUUCUACGGAGAACCGCAUCGUCAACAACAGACUAGCAAAGCUCAAACUCCCACCGGGGGAACAUCAACUGAUGCUCACGAAAGGCGACAACAAUCAUGUUGAUGACAUUGACCUUUACCAGGGCCUUGAAUGGCUCGACCGAAGACAUAUCAUUGGCAAAGUUCGCGGGUUUCUUCCGUACAUUGGCUACGUGACGAUUGCCAUGAAUGAUUUCCCGCAACUUAAAUAUGCGCUUCUUGGAGGCCUUGGACUAUUAGCUGUCAUACAACGGGAGUAGAUUGUUUGACAAACUUUGCAUAACCAUGCAUAUAUGCAUCAAUUGUUUGUGUAAUUGCAAGUCUAUAAAACGUGUGCCACGUGUAUUCAGAGUCAGUGCAGUUGAACCACACGCAUUUUCUCAUCUGCCCAUCAUGACAUUCGUCCCCACCGCGAGCCUCUCGGUUGAUACAAUCAUUCCCUUGUGUUUCAAGCUACUAGCCCCCAACUGUAUCUCUCGCGGACUACAACGUGCCACAGAUACUCGUACUCAACACAAAGCCCAUCGCAG